AAUGCGGCGUCCGCUCGAGAACUAGCAAGCAAAUAGCCUGUGCAAAGGGCGAUGCGCCGUCCGGGCAGGGAGAAAGCGUCCCAGUUUGCGUUGCGAAUACUUUCUACUUAGAAUGGUUUAGCUGACGUUGAUAAAUAAGGAGUAUUCAUGCAAUUUUAUAUCAUACUCCGGUGUCGAUCAUAGCCGGGAAACCAGACAAGAUGGGGGAGUUUGAGAGCGCUUCCCUUGGCCGGGUAACGGUGUACUCCAUCCAGGGCUGCCCGCAUUGUGUGCAGGCCAAAGCUACCCUCAGGGCCUUGGGGGUACCCGUAUGCGAUGUGGAUGUCGGCGUUCACUCAGAGCUAACGGGAAAACUGAAGGAGCUGACCGGACGCAGCACCGUACCUCAAAUCUUCUUCAACAGCAUCCAUGUGGGGGGCAACGAAGAGCUCCAGAAACUGGCUCCUGGAGAGCUACAAAGACUGGUGAGCCUGGUGAAAGAAGAGCCUCUCUCAGGAGACGCUCUGCCGUUACCAGAAGCGAAUCCAUUUGAGGUUCCAGGUGGGGAGACGGAUGGAGAGCUCAAGUGUGAGAGAGAUGAGUGCGCAGACUUGGUAGAGGACCUCAAGCGGGCUGGUGUGAUUGGCCGUCAGAGGAAGGGACUGACCGUGCACAAAAAGAGCUUCACAGGCAUGCAGCUGGUUGACUGGCUGCAGAAGGAGAAGGGCAUGGACAGGGCUGUGGCCUGCAGUACAGGCCAGGCGCUGCUGCAGAGGAAGUACAUGGUCAGUGUGCGAGGCAGCGGGCAGAAGGAUGGGUGCUUUGGAGAAGGAAAGGAAACCAUGGACACGCUGUACAGGCUGCUGGAGGAUGACUUCCAUUCACCUCUGAAUGGAGGACAGACCGCCGCCUGUAGUCCGAUACAGGCUUCUGAGCUUUCGCUGCUUUUACGAGAGCUGAUUCUGAAAUUGUUCUCGGAGCAUCUCUCUGCUGAUGGCAAGUCCGUGGAUUACAAAGGGAUGUCUGUGGACCCAGCUUUUGAACGUUACUGUGAGCUGGCCAUUCAGCUGCAGAGGGUGGAGCUGCUGUCGCUGAGCCGGGAGGAGAAGCUGGCCUUCUUCAUCAACGUCUACAACGCCUUAGUCAUCCAUGGCUACCUGCGCCUCGGGGCUCCUACCAACAUGUGGCAGAGAUACAAAUUUUUCAACUAUGUUAGCUACCUUAUUGGAGGCGAGGUCUUCACACUACAGGACAUUGAAAACGGCGUCCUUCGGGGGAACAGAAAGGGAGUCGCUCAGCUCCUAAAGCCCUUCUCCAAAACAGAUCCUCGCCUGCAGGUGGCGCUUCCAGACGCUGAGCCCCUCAUUCACUUUGCUCUGAACUGUGGCGCAAAGGGCUGCCCUCCGAUUAAGACGUACACACCCCAGGAUAUAGACAGCCAGCUCCUCACCGCCGCCGAGGCCUUCCUGGAGAACGAUGACGCCUGCACGGUUGACUCUGGCAAAAACGAAGUGCGUCUCAGUCAGAUAUUUAAGUGGUAUAAGGCUGACUUUGGAGGCACCGACGAAAAGCUGCUGAAGUGGGUGCUGGACCAUAUGGGGGACUCUCCAAAGAAGAGCAGCCUGCAGGACGUUCUUUCUGCCGGGAAAACUAAAGUCAGCUUCCUACCAUACGACUGGAGCUCCAACAGCGCCCACUGAGCGUCCCCCGCUCUCCCUGCGCUUCUCUGGAUUCUCUAUUUUUCUACUCAGCAACACGUGCUUUAAUCCACCAGAACGGGGACGGGGAAUUUGCACCAAAAUAAGAUACGGACAUUUUAGCUGUAAGAAGGGCACGUUUGCACUGUACAUCUGAAGCAUACUUACAUUGUAGCCCUAUUCUAACUUUAAGGUUUUACCGAUAGUUCCAACCCUUGAUUAUAGAUGUCCUAUAAUUAUAUGCAACGCAUUAGGUUGUGUGGGCUAACUCAAAAUUUGCACACUCAACACUUUGUACUCCAGCGGGUUCAUAAUUAGCUGGAAUGACACAUUAAACACAUUUUACCAACAUACAUCCUUACAGAACAAGGGUUACCUGUCUGCAUUGGCAACUCAGGAGUAAAAUAUUACGACUAUGCUGAUUCCAGUUUAACACCAUUUAAGUUCAUAACGUGGCUCAUUGAUUUAAUGCAGAUGCUGCCUUGACAAGCCAUAUCCAGCAACAGUCUUUCUACUGGCAGAGGAGAUGGUUUAGGUGUAGCAGGUUCUUAGAUUUCUCACACCGUGUUCUGCGUUUAAAGCUAUAGAUAUCAAAAUAUUUAUGCAUUUUUUUAUGCUUACUUAAAAUCGAUUCUAAUGUUUCCUGCAUACAAUGGGUACUAGUAUAAACCAAGACUGUAUUUUUGCAGUCUUGGUUUAAGCUUAAUUUAAAAACUUAGCUCAGAUGCUGCUGUCAGUUUUUUUUCUUUGAUCAGUUGACUGGCUCAAGGUUUGCAGCAAAAUGUUUUUUUUUUUUAAAACUCUAUCGAGAAUAAAUAGUGCGUUCAGUUUUUAAUCAAAAGUCGGAAUUCCUAAACUCGAUGUACGAAAAAACCAAGUAGAAGGCCCGUCGAAGUAUCUCAGAGGUCAAUUUACAAAAUGGCCGCUACGUGCCUCAACCGUCGUCAGAGUUGCCGGAAUCUUCUUUAAACACUCGGGUUGGACGUUGCCAGCUUGUGUUGCUAAUAAUCGUUAGCAUCUCAACAAUCAGCAAACCCCACAGCUUUACCGCUCUUUCCGACUCGCAGCCGGAACACACUCGACUCUAGUACGACAUUAUUCCUAGAUCCGAGUUCUGACUUAGAAGACAAGUCGAACACAACAUAAUCUUCUUCUUCUCCUCACACACGCCUUUAUGAGUAACCUUCUCCUUGAUCCAGGUCUUCCUCUGAAAAUUGUAAGAGCUACUACUUUGUUUUUUUAACAAUAGUGACAGAACUACUGCUGUUUGGAAUGCACUCUGACACUUUGCAUGUGAAUUGCUAACGUUCUAUGCCGUUAAGAUGUGUUUGCUAUUUUUCCACAAAGCUGAUUAAGUGAUUUUUCUGCACGAGAAUAUUUAGCCCUUUUUUUUUUAAUAUAUAUAUUUUUGCUGAAACACCAACAUUGUCGGUAAAACUUCCAAUACAGCUUUUGAUCUUAAGUUGGUGUGUACAGAUUUAUUUUCAGUAAUUUGAGUUUUUAGAUUAUUUAUUCUGCAAACUUGCCACAUUAAGAUUUAAUGUAUUUUCUCUCACAUUACUUUUCGUAAACUUUUGUGUCAUAGUUAAUUUUUUUCAGUGGUACAUGCAGACAGUUGUGUUCAAAAUGGUAGCAGUUUGUUUAAAGAAGUAGGUCAAGUUCGAAGCUGUUAAAAUAACUUAUUUCAUGAACACAAAUGCAAAUUCUAAACAUCUACUUGGUAUCUUGGUUCUCUUUUGAUCCAAAUAUAUUGGUACUACUCAAUUCUUCCACAUUUUUAAGCAUUUUAGAUAAUUUUGGCUAAAUAGCCUCUAUUUUUAUGCACUUUUUUGUUUUCCCUUCGCUAACUUUUUAGUCAAAGUGUAGCGUUCUAUUGAACAAUAUCUGGAACAGCUUCUUUUAUUCUGAUUUUGGAGUGGAAUACAGUAACAUCCAGCUGUUUGCAUUCUUUUUGCACCGGUUUAAACUCCACAUUGCUUUUAUUUUGCACACGUUGCUUAAUUAUUGACUCAUUUACUCAGAAUCAGCAGGAUGCUUGUCACCACUACUGGAUCUGUAGUUUUUUUUUUAUUUUUUAUUAUUGUUCUACUUCAACUACUACUGCAUCUGCUACUUUGCCUUGGAGAAACAUAAUUUCUUCCAAAACCAGCGAUCAAUCUGGUUGGUGAUGUUGGACUAUUAUGAACACAACUGUAUUGUACAGAUGUUAAGUUUCGUGAUUUUAUUUAUCCGUGUAUUUAAUUCCUUGAAGGUUAAAAAACACCAAAGCUCAAACUGUAUGUGGGCUAUCAUUAGUGCAACUAAUGCUGCUUGUGUUAGUCUUAAGUCAUCUCAGUUUCUCUUGGUUUUCAGAGUGUCUGUAACACAAAAAAGUAAUGUUUGUUACUCUUUUUUUUAUUAUUAUUUGGAACAGUAAGCAGAGCCAAAGAAAAUGGUUAUUAUUGCAUGUUUCAGAUCUGGAAUGCCUUUAUUGCAUGGGAUAAUGAAAACCCCUCUGAUCUUAAACGUUGGCUCACGGCAGAACUGCUUCUGAUUUGUUGACAGCCUGUCUGCUCAACACCAAAAAGUUGUGUUCCUCUGAUAUCAGAUAAAAUAUUGAACCUGUCCAUCAAUGUUAAAGUUGUCACUAUCAACCUGGUUGAUGGAUAAUUCUUGAGGAAUAAGCAGAUCUAAGGACUUCGGGGACAAAGUGGACCUCUGGUCACCGAGGCUACAGGCUGCUUACAGAGCACACGACAUUUGGCAAAGGCAACAAGACAAGAGUGUUUUUUUUUGUUUGUUUUUUUUUCCCUCUUUCUCUUAAAAUUACCUCAUAUGUACCAGGACAAUGCGAUGCAAAAAAUCUUUUUAAGUAAUCUUAAUUAAACAAAAAUAAAAAAAUAAAUCUUCCUUUGGUAACUUUUUUCCAAGCAAUAUGUUCAAAUAUGCAAUGCUGAAUUAAAAAUGUUUAUCAGACUC